CCACAAUAUGUCUGCUCUCUAAAAUGAAAACAUCCGCUUUGCUGUAAUUGCUGUGAUUAUUUCAAAGAUUAAUGCCAUUCAAGAUUAGUGAUGUCACUCCUUUAUUCGCCAGAAACGGAGGAGAAGUCAGAAGAUGUAGUAUAUGAAUGGCAGGGGUAUUUUGGUGAUAUCAAUCUCAACACAUUUCCAGUAUUCCAUGGAAAAAAAAUCCUCAAAGUAUCUGUAGGGGACAGUCAUGCCCUUUUUUUGACGUCUGAGCACCAUGUGUAUGGAUACGGCAAGAAUGAUCGGGGACAGGUCGGGAUUCCUGAUGAAGAAUUUUAUCAACAACCACAAAUAAUUGACAGUCUUUCAGAUAAACGUGUAGUUGAAGUAGCAUGUGGUGUAAGUCACAGUGGCGUCAUCACAGAUGACGGUGAUGUAUACUGCUGGGGAGAUAAUUCGCGUACACAAUGUGGCCUGGAUACGCCUGACAAAAUUAACAUCCCUUUGAUAGUUCCGAUCUCAGAGACUGGUGAGGCCUGCGAACAUGGUGUAACAGGUGAUAAAAAAGUUGUCGCUCGGCAAAUAAGUUGCGGGGCUGUGCAUACGCUUAUUAUAUGUAACGAGGGAAAUGUGUGGAGCUGGGGGCAAGGGGCACAGUUAGGACAAGGGAGUACAGUUAAAUCCCCAAAACCGUGUCUUCUAGAAACACUAAAAGGUAAAAAUGUGAUAAAGAUUUGUUGUGGUCAUUCGCAUUCUGUCGCCUUGGUUGCACGAACAGAAAGACAGCCUAAAAAACAGAAACUAGAAAACAGACAUAGCACUGAUGUUCAGAUAUCAAAAUAUUAUCCAUCACGAUGCUCGGUAUGUAACACAGAGAUUUAUACUUACACGGACAACUCGGACACCUGCAUCAUUGAAAAUUAUCAUGUGUGUAAGGAUGAUAAAGUCCCUGUCGAUAGAAGUGUUGAUUCUCUGGGUGAUGAUAGUUUCACGUCUAGUGCUACUUCAGAUUUAAAAACUAGUGCUAUAUCUGAAGGUAGUGGUGGCUCCAAGAUUACUGAAAGUACUGAUUCCAAAAUUAUUGAAGAAGAUGAAAAUGCAGUUUCACAGAACAACUCACACACCACAGAUGGUGAUGAUGCUAAGGAACCCAAUAAAGCUGCGGCAACUCCUGAAACCUCUGAUCCACCUGAUGCAACAGAGAUUUGUCAAAACAUAGAUAAACCAUCAGCAAAUGCAGAAAAUCCCAACAUACCACCAGCAACAGAAUCCAAAAAUCUAGAACCCACAGAUCCAGAAUCCACAGAUCUAGAACCCACAGAUCUAGAAUCCACAGAUUCAGAAUCUAAACAAGGUGAUGUUGACCCAAAACCACAAGAACAAAUAGACUCUGCACAAGAUGCUUCUAAAAGCCAGAGCGGUGUCACUGCCACUUCAGUUGCUGACACUUCCAUGAGCUCAGCAGGUAAUUCCGAUAGUGUCAAUGAAAAAUCAUCAAAAGAUACAAUAAUCCCCAGCAAAAAAUGUGAGGCGAAAACUCCAGAAGAAAUUUUACCCAAGCAAGAAGAAGAUAUUUGGAAAAAGGCACCAACUCCUGACAGACUGCCAGAUAUCAAUCGAGAGUCCCCAAGUUCCCCAAGUAAAGAAGAGACAGUGAAGAAUCCAAAGAAACAAACAAAUGACCAAGAAGAUGGCAAAACAGAAAGAUCAUCGUUUGGAGGCUUUUUUCAUGGAGUCAUGCAAAAUAUUGGAUCAGCUGCAAGCAAAGCUAUAACCGACAUACAAAAUCAGAUACCUUACGGAGCAAACCCAAAUACUGGGAAUGGCUCUAUAACCAAAUCCAACAGCCAAGAUUCUAAUUCUCCAAUGUCGGACAGAUCUCCUGUUUCGGAUCAACACAAUUUUGUAUUAACAUGUGGUCCGUUAGACUCCCCUCGUCGUGGAUCGAGGUCAAAAGAACAAUCGCCAACUAAAGCCUGGUCUCCUGAAAAAGACCGAGUUAGUAAAAAGCCUCAAUCAAUAAAAACCUUAAUGGAUCGACAGGAACAGAUGGAAAAACGAGCUUCCAUGUCUUCACCGGGUAAAGCUGUUGCUGCCUCUUCGAUUGGUUCUGUUGAAGGAUCUGCUGAUGAAGACAAUCCUGUUGUUAUAGAUACUGAAGUUUGGGUUUGGGGACGUAACGCUAAAGGUCAGCUUGGUCUAGGCGAUUCUCUAGAUCGAGACACACCUAAAUGUAUCAAAAUGAUGAAUGGAAAGGAAGUGGUUGUCAUAGCAGCUGGUCACAGUCACUGUGUAGCAGCAACAGCUAAUUCACAGGUUUAUACGUGGGGUCAUAAUGGCUACCUUCAAUUAGGACAUAAUGAAACAACAGUAACACCUUGUAGAGUCAAGUUUAUGAAGGGAUGUUAUGUGUGGGAUGUGGCAGCUGGAGAUUCCUAUUCCGUAUUUUUAGCUGAUAGCUCGGGUAUGAAACCAGCUGUUUUCUACUGUGGCAAACAUCCAUAUAAAGACCCGACUGCUCCCCUGAAGAAAAUUAUGAAUCCAACAAUAAUUGGACCCUUAAAAAAGUGUGGUUGGGUGAGACAGGUUCAAGCCAGGGGAGAUAAAUGUUUUUGUUUGGUAAAACCAGGAGACGGGGUAACGGCCACCAUGUUUGAGUUUGCAGCCUCAGAACGAGGAUUCUAUCAACAGUUAAAUCGUAUCAUCAACGCUUUCAUUAAACCACUACAAAAAUCAGCUUUUUAUACAAGUCUGGAUGUUUACCCGUUUAAAACAUGUUUACAGAAUUUAUUACAAGCUUUUAUUGAUCUCAGUAAAAAGGUUGGUGAUGGAAUAGCAGAAGUGAGCGAAAUCAUGCGAGAGAAUCAAUGUUUCUUUGAUGCAAGAAUUAUGACACACUGUUCACAAUUUGUGAAAGAAUUUAAAAAUUAUUCCAAUCUUUACGCGGACAUGUUGGCUGUUGGUGGAUUCGAUUAUUGUGGUAAAAUGGGCACUUCCUUUUUUGAUCAGUGUAAGGAUAUAUUCCCUGACUUGAUAGCAGAUAAAUCGGCUGAUAAAACACAAUAUUCCUCCGCCUUUAGACGUACCAUGGAAUAUCCUUUUAUUCGAGUUAAACUAGAUUACAGAAGACUUUUUGGUAAAAUGGCCGAAAAUCUUCCUCAGGAAUCAGACGAGAAGAAUUUAUUGAAUCGUGUGUUGUUGAACUGGGAGAGUCUCAAGAUGACCAUGUCCACAGAUCAUCGGAUAGCCGAGGCUACAAGGCUAUUCUGGGAAAGUGUACAUCCUAAAAUAUUGGAUGCUUUACGAGUUCCGUCAAAACGUCUGUUACGUGACAGUAAAACCAGCCCUUUAAUGUUGCCACAUGCCGGUCGAUUCUCGAAUCAUGUGAUAGCUCUGUUUAACGAUGGAUUUGUUCACAUCCAGAACACAGCGUAUCAACAUUAUCCGUUAUCUACGUUAUGGGUCGAGUCUCAUAGUUCAGAAGCAGAACAACAAAAUGUAAUUAUUGUAACCUCUCCAGAAGAUACACUAACCUUAGUUGCCAGUACACCAGAAGAAAAGGCCGAAUGGUUAAUGACUCUGAAUGCUGCGAUCAAUAAAGAGUUGUGUAUCCAGAAAGCUGUUUCACAAAGAAACAGCGCGGAGAGAUUUACACCUCCGUUAAUACGUCAUGUGAUCCACACAUUCACAAAACACUGUCUGUAUAAAGACGCGACGUAUAAAGGUUUCAUGUUGAACGGGAAGAUGCAUGGCCAGGGUGAAAUGAGUUGGCACGAUGGUAGAAAAUAUAUUGGUAAAUUUAGUCAGGGUUUACAACAAGGCCAUGGACAGUAUAUUAUACCACGAUCAGAAGGGUUUGAGAUUCAAGAUGGUAACUGGAAGGAUGGUAAAUUAAAUGGUUAUGGUAUUAUCAAAUAUGAGAAUGAAGAUAGUUAUAAGGGUUAUUUUAAAGAUGGACAACGGUUUGGACAUGGUAUAUUUAAACAGGGUCUACACAUGUCAAACGCUGCUAGUAUAUAUAUUGGGGAAUGGUAUAAUGAUAAACGUCAUGGUUACGGUGUUCAGGAUGACAUCAUGAAAGGUGAGAAGUAUAUGGGGAUGUGGCAGGAAGACUGUUGCCAUGGUAAAGGUGUUGUUGUUACAUUAGAUGGCAUGUAUUUUGAAGGAAACUUCGUUUAUGACAAACUCACAGGUUUUGGUUUGAUGUUAACAGAUGACAACAGUUGUUAUGAAGGAGAAUUUCAAGGAGUGACUUUACUUCAAGGAAAGGGGUCGUUAACUCUACCAUCUGGUGAUAAAUUAGACGGUGUGUUUAACGGAACCUGGAAUGAAGGAUUGAAAUUUAACGGAACGUUUAUCCGAGCUGAGUUAUCCCAUUCAGGCCCAAGUAAGCCUAAAUCACACAUGUUAGAUAUCAACAACAGAACAUAUGGUAAAUUAUCAGUACCAGCUGAUAGUAAAUGGUCGGAUAUAUUUAAACAUACCCUGGCAUUAUUAGGGUAUCUGGAGAGUAAAAAUAACCCGAAUAAGGCAUGGGAAGUGGUUGCUGUUAAAUUAACACAAGGACAGAAAAAAAUCAAAGAACUUGAAAAGAAGUCCCCAACUAAAGCCAAGACUCAUACAGUAAGUCUGGAGAGUUUACAGACCAUACCACCCUAUAAUACUGGUAAAUUAUCUAUAGAAAGUUACAAUAACAUAGCAGCUUAUUUAUCUAAGGCAUUUGAUAAUCCUUAUCAUCCUCUCGGCAGUCUGGUAGAUGGUAUUGUGGAUGUUUUCCGUGCUGCAUAUGUUGGUGUCGGUGCCCAUCCUCGUCUUCUACAUCACGCUGUACAGGAAAUAAAAUCAUAUGUUAAACGUAUCUAUGUUGUUGUCAGACUUUUAUUUCCUGAUCUGCCCGUUAAAACAGGUCCAGUUAAUAUUUAUACAGAAACCUCGGAUAAAACACAGGGUAUACCGUUAUCAACUGAAGCUGCUCAGGCCUUCUUACGCAGAAACUCUGAUGAUGAUGAACCAAGUGAAAUUAUCUCUGCUGCUGGUCUUCUGUAUCCAAUAUUAUUACCGAAGAUUUAUCCCCCCUUGUCUGACCUGUACGGGUUAUAUAAUGAUCGGGAUGAUAAUACGUAUUGGGAGAGAGUCACCAAGUUAAAUCGUCAAGGUGAUAUGGCCUUAAUGGCUUUCCUCGGUAUUGAUGAACGAUUUUGGUUGAUGAAAGAAGUUUUAUUACAAGAUAAAAGUCAGAAAUUAUCGGCAGCAAGAGAUCAAUGCUAUGCGUCUGCUGUGGAUACGUUACAACAACUUAGUACAGCAUUUAGUCCAAUAGAAAAACUCAGAGUUAUUGAAAAAACAUUCCAGGAAAUUACGGAGACUGUUCAGGCAUCAUUAAAAGAUGAUCAUGUAUGGUGUAUGGAUGAUCUGUUUCCUAUAUUUCAAUUUGUUGUGGUUCGUGCCAAGAUUCGUCACCUGGGAGCGGAGGUUCACAUGAUAGACGAUCUCAUGGAGACACACCUGGAGUUCGGGGAGCUGGGGAUCAUGUUCACAACUCUAAAGGCGUGUUAUUUUCAGAUUCAAAAUGAAAAAAUACAACAUCACUGAAAACUGUCAAUGUGUAAAAACAACACAAGAUGGAUCCAGACAACUCAGUCUAUUUAUAACCCACAGUUGUAAUAUAUACGCUUAAAGAAAUGAUACUUCUGCUUAUUCUACGAUAAAAUGAUUAUUUAACAUUUAAUUACGCGAAAAGAGAGAAACAUAGAUCAAGUAAAGUGUACUAUUUACAUAAAAGGGGUAGCAUUGAUGAUGGAAUUUCCAUUUCAUCAUAAAGGGGUAGCAGUGAUGAUGGAAUUUUCACUUUAUCAUAAUAGGUGGCAUUGAUAGAUGGAAUUUCCACUUAUCAUAAUAGAUGGCAUUGAUAGGUGGAAUUUCCACUUUUUUCAUAAUGGGUGGCAUUGAUAGAUGGAAUUUCAACUUCAUCAUUAUAGGUGGCAUAGAUAGAUGGAAUUUCCACUUCAUCAUAAUAGGUGGCAUUGAUAGAUGAAAUUUCCACUUCAUCAUAAUGCGUAGCAUUGAUAGAUGGAAUUUCUACUUUAUCAUAAUAGGUGGCAUCAAUAGAUUUAAUUUCCACUUCAUCAUAAUGGGUGGCAUUGAUAGAUGGAAUUUCCACUUCAUCAUAUCUUUGUAAACAUUGAAUGUAAUGGGGCCAUUUUUGGACAGAUAUUCCUAUAAAAGAUUCACGAUUUCCUUUAUAGAUUCUACUUUUAUAAUAUUGUAGUUUGCAAGAGUUUCUUAUAUCGCUAAAAUUAUGCCCAGAUAAUUUGUAGAAAGCAAAAGAACUAAAUAUCACCUUAUUUAAUUGUGGAACUCUGCCCCCAGACCUUGCCAUAGAUGAAUUUGUGGAAAGUAUCCCACGGAAUAAUAUUGUCAGUGAUUGUUUUCCAUGACUUUAAAAAGAUUUCAGGUUUAUUGUGCUGUAUACAUAAACUAUGAUAAACAACAACAGAUCAUUGCAGAUGUGUCUUGUAUGAAAAAAUAGAAAGCCAGCAAUGAAAAAAACAGGAGAAUUCAGGAGAUGUUUUUAUUCAUCAUUAAUACUAUAUUCACAAGUUUUUAGCACUUUAUAAAAUUGUAAAAAGAUGUCACAUUACUUGAAUCCAUAGCUUUACCAAUUCUAUUAUGCUUUUUAUACGCCCACAUUGAAAUGUGGUCGUAUAUUGUCGUCGCCCCCGUCCGUCCGUCCGUCCUUCCGUCCGUCGGUCCGGCGUCCACAACUGCUUGUGGACGCUCUAGAGGCUAAAAUUAAUAUCCGAUUGACUUUAAAUUUAUAUACAGUGUUUAAGGCCAUGAGACGAAGAAGCCUAUUGAUUUUCAGCGAUUUCUGAUAAUUACUGCCAGAGUUAUGGCCCUUGAUCACUUCAAAAAACCUUGUGGAUGCUCUAAAGGCUAAAGUUAAUAUCUCAUUGACUUUAAAUUUAUACACAGUGUUUGAGGUCACGAGGCGAAGAAUCCUAUUGAUUUUCAAAAAUUUCUGAUAAUUACUGCCAAAGUUAUGGUCCUUGAUCACUUUGAAAAAUCUUGUGAACGCUCUAGAGGCCAAAGUUAAUAUCCGAUUGACUUCAGAUUGAUACACAGAGUUUAAGAUCUUGAGGCGAACAAGAAUAUUGAUUUUCAAUGAAUUUUUAUGACUUGGAACAGCUAAAUCCAUGAUACAGUAUUAAAAGUUUUGUAUACAAAACGUUAGCAUGGGGCAGAACUUUAUAAAAACCAAACAAAGUCUAAUGGUUUUCUGAGUUGUUGCUCUUAAUCAGAUUUUAGUUUAUUAUGAAUGUUUCAUUACCGCAAAAAGUAAAAAUAUGCGACAACUCUUGUUGACUGCCCAGACGAUUUAGCUGCUGUGGGCGUAUGUUUCGUUGCCUGGCAACCUAUCUUUGUAAAUUGGAUAUGCCACCAGAAGCUAUAUUUAUUGUAGUAUUGCAUAACGCUUGUUUCUUUUUUGAUGGAUACAGCAAACGGAAAUUCUUUUCCCUGGGAUUCUAAUAAUUUACACAUGUAACGUUUUCUUGUUUGUGGGUGAAUUGUCAAAAUCGCAGAGAUGUUUGCUCGCCAUGAUGAAAAAUGGAACAAUCCUUGUACACUUCACUAUCAUUGCCUAGAAUUAGAUAUAUUAGUGCUAGAAGUUAUAAUAUUAUUUAUCUCUCUUUUAAUGAUUUGAUUACCUCACAUUCUUUAAUGUAAAAAAGGCCCAGAGUGGUUGUUUCUAGGCCCUGUGUGGUGGUUUCUAGGCCCUGGGUGAUUGUUUCUAGGCCCUGGGUGGUUGUUUCUAGGCCCUGAGUGAUUGUUUCUAGGCCCUGGGUGGUUGUUUCUGGGCCCUGUGUCGUGGUUUCUAGGCCCUGAGUGAUUGUUUCUAGGCCCUGAGUGAUGGUUUCUAGAUGCUGAGUGAUUGUUUUUAGGCCCGAGUGGUGGUUUCUAGGAACCACUCCCGAGGCCCUGAGUGGUGGUUUCUAGGCCCUGAGUCGUUGUUUCUAGGCCAUGAGUUUUUGUUUAUUCUAGGUCCUGUAUCAAGGCCUUGUUCUGUAUAUGUUUGUAUCUAUAAGUGAUGUUUGAUUACCCUGUCAUAUAUUGUCUAUUUUAUCAUGUAAAAAUAUCAUUCAUUAUCGUUAUACUCCAAAUGUCAUUCAUUAUUAUAUAUUCAACAUUUAUUUUUAUUCUCCACAAAUAGCAGUCAAUACGUGGUUUGUCAAAUAUCUCAACAUUGACUGAUUUAUCAAGUUUUUAAUUAAACAAGGAUCUCUAUUUCUAUUUCCAAUUUAAAAUAUUUUGAUUUUAAAAACUUCAACUUACAAUUUUAAAACCUAUCAGACAUUUUCUUUGUUGUUAUUCUGUAUAAAAUAUUGUAAAUAUUAUGUUUAUUUAUUCCUGUCAGCAAUAUAUUUCUAAUUUGUAAAUCCAUUAUUAGUUGUUUGGUGUAGGGAUAAACUUUUAACUUACAGCAAAUCAUAUUCAUAUGAUGUCUCUUUCAGCUUGUGUAGGCAUAUUCUUUAAACAGUUGUGGUAACGAGUUUUUGUCAACUCAUGAACCAUUGCUAUGUCCAACAUCUAUUACAUAUAUGGCCUGUUGUUUUAGUUGGCUCACCAGCUUGGCUUGUCAGCUAUAAGCUAAAUUAUACUAAACAUCUUAAUUCAAACGGGCAACUUAUAAUAAGCUUUAUGGUCAUACCCCCAGCAGUGUUUCGUUUGAUUAGAACUAAUCCCCCUAAACACUGCUUUAAUGGAAACAAAUUUCUGUUCCAAAUUAUGACUGGUUAAUAGUACGAUUAACAACCAAUAGCUUACUGUGUAACAAUUUGAUUACGCUUUUAACAUAGCUCCACAUUGGACCAGCUCCACAUUGGACCAAAUAUGUUUACAUCACGGUACAUCAUGACUCAAGAUUUUAUUAUGCCCAAUUAACCAAACCAUAGCAGAAUAUUGCAGAAAAACUAAUUGCGUGACAAACGAGGCUAUCAACAUUGAUACAAUGUAAACAAUACUGUUUGGAGACGAACAACACUUUCACCGUUUUUAAUACCUUAAAUCAUUACGCAAAGUUUUAGGGAAGACCCCAGAUUAAACGAAGGGCUGUCAUGUUGCUGUACUUGGGAUAGAUUUGAUUGAACGGGAAGAAUAGACAAAAUCCCUCAAAAGCUCAAGUAUCAGAAGCCAAUCCAGCAAUGGCCAGAGAGGGAUUUCUUGGGCCAUUGCUUCAGGAAUAUGCUUUAUGGUAAUCAUUAUAAGGUUAUGAAUCCCCAUUUAAUUUCAUUUUAAUUUACCCUGUAGCAAUGGUUAAUGAGAUGAUUAUGUCCACAACCGUUACUUCAGCACAUUUAAGCACUUAUUUUCCACUUAUAUAUCCUUGGGUAGUUAUAUUGUCCUUAUUUAUUGCCCAUUUCCUUGUAAUAUUUUUUGUAUUUUCAUCAUUUUUAUAUUACGUCUAAUUACUGUAAGUAUUUUAUAAGACAUAUCCUUGAGUAUUGCCCAUAUCCUUGAGUAGUGCCCGUAUCCUUGAAUUGUUGCUCAUAUCCUUGAGUAAUGCCCGUAUCAUUGAUUAUUGCCCAUAUCCUUGAUUAUUGCCCAUAUCCUUGAAUUAUUGCCCAUAUCACCGAGUAUUGCCCGUAUCAUUGAUUAUUACUGUUAAUUUUGUAUUUUAAUCAGUAUGGGAUAAGGUUUGCUUUUAGUUUAUGUGUCGUCAUGGUUAACAUGAAAUAAAAGAUAUAAUAAUAGACCUCAUUGUUUUUUAAUUUUGUACAAAUUACAUGUAUUACAUAAAUUUGUUUUUCUUUC